GCUUUACACAGCCACGGGAGCAGAGUGCUGAGCACCACUCCUCGCCCUGAUAACUCGGUGUAGCGAUAAAAACUUAUGCCCAAUCUGAAUUUAUAAUCAAGCUUUUAGUAUAUUGAGUGGCUUCAAGAUGCUCCACCAAUGCGCUUCGACCUCACAGAAGUUAUUUUUAGCCCGAGAUAAGGAAACGGCGGUGGGGCUUUCUUUGUGAAGCUGGUUGAAGUUCGCUGAAGAAAAAUCAGAUAACCAUGGCAACCAAUAAACCUGGAAGGAUUGCGCUCAUCUUCACCACCCUAUUCCUGUUCGCCGCAAUGACAGCGCUCUCCAUACUGAACAAAUAUUUUGGGAAGGAUUUAGGUAUAUUCCAUCGGUCGACUGGCGAUGUUUCUAGGAAGUAUCCAUUAAUGAUUACUCCGCCAUGGCCGAUCUACUUUAUAUGGUACAUAGUGUUCGCACUGGAACUAGUUCUGAUUCUUUACGGUAUUACGACAAUCUGUCGUAAAACGAAGGGCGGGAGGAGUAUUUAUCUACUGUCUCUCACUCCGCCGCGGAUCUACGGUCUUCUGGUCGCCAACAAUUUGGCGGUGGUGCUAUGGUUAUACCUUUGGAACUGGGAAUACACAGUGGCAUCGUUCAUCAUCGUCUUCACUCUACCUGUCACCAUGUACAUCAGCUUCUACACCUCUCUUAAACAGCUCUUCAACAACUUUGCAGUCCUUAUUCAGGAAGACACCCAAAGCGAAAUAUGGGUUGUGAGAUUUCUCGUUCAAAAUGGCCUUGGAUUUAUUUCGGCAUGGCAGACAAUUGUCAUGUUCAUAAAUCUAGGAGUGGUUCUGAGAUACGAAGUGGGCAUUUCUGAUGAAAUCAUCUUUCUGGCGUUACUAGGCGCUAUGGCGUUGCUCGAAUUGGCAUGGUUCUGGUUGGACGUCUUCGUGUUUGACCGAUACACAAGAUAUAUUCUUCUGCCUUAUAUUCCGUGGCUGGCAGUAUGUUGCGGACUUAUAUGGAAACUACAGACUCUCUUUGACGCAUGGGGUAGAGACACCAUUACACUUUUCUGCUGUAGCGUGCUUGCGCUACUGUGUAUAACUGUCAAGAUCAUCUUUCUGAUCUUCAGACAUAAGAAAAGUAACAUGAAGAAGAAUGUGGACAAAAGUAUCGAGGACAAAACCGAGAAGACGGACGACGAAAAGAAUUCUGAAAUGAAAAAUAAAACAUGCGUCACUUUUGCUGUUGAGAAUGAACAGGUCAACGUCGCAAACGAAAAUCAGAAAAAAAUACCCGAAAAUGAAUCUAAUAAAGGGCCGUUACAAUGUCCUUUAGUACCAGCAAGCGAGGUUCAAUAUAACAGAAUAGAAAUGCAAGAACAAGCAGCAGAUGCUGCGAACACUGUUAUUGUUCACAGUGACGCAAAGGAAUCGAACGCUAUUGAGACUAUUCCAACUUCGGGACCACCAAAACAGGAGGAACCAAUGGAAGAAAGUUCUCUUGACAACCAUGGUGUUGCAGUUGAAAAAGUGGAGGGUGAUAAAAGUGAACAAGCAGAAUUACAAGAGGAGGAGUCUAUACCAGAAACAGCGGAGGAUGAGGCGUUACAACCAGACGUAGUGGGAGAAAGAGUCGAAGAACCGACAGGGGAGGAGAGUGAGGAAAAUACUCCCGAGGUACAACCAGAAGUAGAAACUGUACCGUGUCACACAAUGGAAAACACAAUCCAAGAAACCGUGCCAGAACAAGAGCAAGUGCAAAGCAAAUUAAAUCCGUCUGAGCAAGAACAUGUAUCUGACGACAUCGAAUGUGCAAACCAACCAGAAAAAUUAAUAGACAUUGAUGAACAAGAAUGUCUAGAACCUAACCAAUCAGAGUUUGUAUUGGAACCAUCGUUAGGAAACGACCUGAAUAGUUUAGAUCAAAUCUCCAAAGAAAAUGAAAGAGAAAGUAGACCAAUCGAUAAUGAAUCUGUCAAUUCAACAACAGCGCAAGUGGACGAUCCAAUGGAGGAUUUUGACGUAGAGAAUGAGCCAGUAGACGAGGAACCGGAACUGAACCAGACGCCCCCGCCUCUAUUAGAGGACGAGGAAUAUGAAGGCACCUACAUCGUCAGAGAGCCUGGGGUAGAGGACGAGUACCAGUACGAUCCCUCGGAGAACGACCAGCAGGACCCCGUCCCUGAUGACACUCUACCCUCUCCCCCAGUGUCCCCUGAUUCUGACCCCCUCCCUAGUCCGCCCACCGCCCCGGUGUCUGAUGGGGAGGAGUAUGAUGAAUCAGAGGGAGAGGAAGCGCCACCCGUCCCACCUCAGGACUAUAACAUGCCCAACAAAUCAUAUCAAAUCUCAUCAGAACCCGGCGAGUCCCAGCCGAUAACCACCAACGGCUUCAGCGAACAGAGACGACCAGAAAGCUUUGGGACUGUUGACACUGCUGUGUGACUGUAGCUGUGUACAUUCAGUUAAAUUAGAACAGCUAGAAGAACAACAGUGCAAUAUCGGAAGGGAGGGGGGGGGGUAGGAAAGUGGAGCUAAGUGCUACUUACUGAAGAAUACUCAUGACAAUUUUAUAUUGUUUUUGUACAGUUUGUAUAUAUGGGACCAUAGUUGUCUGCAACUUCAUUUUUUUUUUCAGAGAUGCACUUGUCAUAUAUGCUUGAUUCAAAUAAGACUUGCAAACUUUUUUAUUCAAAUUAAGCAAAGUGGAGUAAAACAACAUAACUGAAUAUACCUCAAAGUUCAAGUAUUUAAGUUUGACAGUGAACUGAAGAGCGGUGUUAAUUUUGCUCACUCAAACAUCAACGUUACUUGGGUGAAACUAUUCUUUUAAAUAACGGGGAUUUAUUUUUGUUUGGAAAAAAAGAGACAAAAUAUCUGUAGUCUUAUGAAUCAUGCAUAAUUCAUACACAAUAGAAAUUGCUUUCAUUUACUAAUAUCUUUUACUUUUUAGCAAUAAUCAAUUGUCAUUGAAUGCAUAUAUAGGCCUACAUGACAUUAUUAUUCGUGCACUCGAUCUGACAAUUGAAAAUCGCUUGGUAAAAGACGCAUUAUUGACUCGUCUUGUACAUGUUCUUGUUUUCAUGUCUACCUCUGCCUUCUUUGUCGGACAUAAUUGUACAUUGUAUUUUCAUUUUGCUAUCCAUUGUACAUAUUCACUUGUGUUUUCAAAUCAUAUAGAUUUUGAAAUAAAAUAGACAAUUAGGUAUAA